AUGAAGAACAUGAAUCUAAAAAUCAUUGCAUUGAUCAUUGCCACUGCAUUUUCUGUGUGGUGUUCAAGCUGCACUGCCUCACGUGUCAGCCACUGGAGGAAACUCAAAGCAACUUCUGCUACUUUUAAUGUAUUGGAUUAUGGUGCCAAAGGUGAUGGACAUGCAGAUGACACAAAGGCCUUUGAAGAAGCAUGGGAAGCUGCUUGUAAGGUGGAGGGUUCAACAAUGGUUGUUCCAUCUGGUUCUGUAUUUUUGGUGAAACCAAUCUCUUUCUCAGGUCCUAACUGUGAGCCAAACAUUGUUUUUCAGCUUGAGAAGAUUACAAUAAGAGGUAAAGGUGUCAUUGAUGGCCAAGGCUCUGUGUGGUGGAAUGACUCACCAACUUCCAACCCCACAGAAGUGAUGAUGGUGGAAAGCACUGGAAGACUUCCAACCACAAAACCAACAGCCUUGAGGUUCUAUGGAAGUGAUGGUGUAACAGUGACAGGCAUGACAAUUCAGAACAGCCAACAGACCCACCUGAAGUUUGACUCCUGCACAAACAUUCAAGUCUUUGAUAUAAACCUUUCAUCACCUGGUGAUAGCCCCAACACUGAUGGAAUUCACCUGCAGAACUCCAAAAACGUGGUUAUUUUCAGCAGCACACUUGCUUGUGGUGAUGACUGCAUAUCGAUACAAACUGGUUGCUCAGACAUAUACGUUCACAACGUGAAUUGUGGACCUGGCCAUGGAAUCAGCAUUGGAAGUCUUGGCAAGGAGAACACCAAAGCCUGUGUCACAAACAUCACUGUUAGGGAUGUUAACAUCCAAAAUACUCUCACUGGUGUCAGAAUCAAAACAUGGCAGGGUGGUUCUGGCUCAGUCCAAAACAUCAUGUUCUCAAACGUUCAAGUUUCUGGCGUUGAAACUCCAAUCUCCAUUGACCAAUACUAUUGUGAUGGUGGCAGGUGCAGAAAUGAGUCAUCAGCAGUUGCAGUGUCUGGCAUACAUUAUGUGAACAUAAAAGGAACAUACACUAAGAACCCUAUUUAUUUUGCAUGCAGUGAUAGCUUACCUUGCACCGGCAUAACCCUUGACACCAUUCAGCUACAAUCAUCUCAAAACCCUAAUAAUGUACCCUUUUGUUGGGAAGCAUUUGGGGAAUUAAAGACCAAAACAAUCCCUCCUGUUGAAUGUCUUCAGAGAGGAAACCCAUCACAAUCAAAAUUUGAUUCCAACAUUGUUUCUUGCUGA